AAACUUGCGUGUUUUAUUUAUAAACAAUAGACGUGCAAAUAAAGCUACUAAAAAAGCUUAGUAGUUCAACAUUUGGAGGCCCCGGCGAGAUACAUAUUCUCGCUUAGUGUUGUGAAUGCAAUUGAUUUGCAUAAAUAAUUGUUGAAAAUAACUAAGCAUAAAUAAAAAUAACAAUAACAAUUAGUGAAACAUUUAAAGUGCAAAGUGUCUUCGAUAGUGCGAAGAAAAAUAUAUAUGUAUAUAUGCAUAUAUAUUUAACAAGCGGUGCAUUUCUGUUCUUGCAUUCUCCGUUGUUUGCGCAUGUUCGCCGCUGCUUCGUUGCUUGCACACCUUCUCCGCUCUCUGUCGCUUGUCUAUGCUCCGCUACUCCGCUGUCGCAGCUGCGUGCAUUGCCCUUCUUGUUGCUCUCUUAUGCUCUCGGUUUGUGUGAUCUAAAUCAGCUAAUCAACUGAUUAACUUUGAACUGCUGCUGUGCGUAAGCAACUCGCGCGCGUUUGUGAUCGCGAGUUUGACGCGUUUUGUCUUGCUUUGAACUGCUGCUGUGCUUAAGCAAACCGCGCGUGUUUGUAAUCGCGGUUUGACGCGUUUUUCUUGCUGCGCUGCACAGUAAAUUUGAUAUACAAAGUGAGCAAUAGCCAGUUAGCACAAGUGCGGUUAACUCCUAACAAUGGAAACCUCGAUGAACGAGCAAGCGACUACUGUCGAAAAUCGCGCGCGGUUUUUCAAACGGAAGGUUUUAUCGCUCUAUGAUAGCCUUGUAAGACUCGAUGCGUCGCUUUCUAAAGUUAAGAUAGCCGCGUUUAAUUCAUCUGAAUUAGCAGUACGGUUGGAGCUAUUAGAACGUGCUCAAGCUUCAUUUGACUUGGCUCAGAAUGCACUAGAGGAGAUCGAUUAUAAUGAGAUCGGUAGUGAAACGCGGGACAAUUUCGAUAAGCGUUUUCUUGAAGUGAAAUCGCGUGUUCGAGCGCAAUUUGACAGUCGUGAACGUCAAUUGAUUCGGUCGUCCACUUUGCGGCGUGAUGAGACCAUCGAUCCUUCGGCUAAUGGCCUCAGUGCCCGCGCUAAAAGACGUCGUCUACCAGAGCUCAAACUUCCCACGUUCGGUGGAGGUUAUACGGAAUACGCGAGUUUUUGGUCAAUGUUCGAGUCUGUCAUUGACAAGGACAACGACUUAGAUGAUUCGCACAUCAAGGAUCUUUUGGGUACCAAGAAGGUGGAGGCAGGAGCAUCCGUGGCCACUAAACUCCGUGAGUUUAGCGAUAAGGUAAAUGUUCACAUGGGGGCAUUAAAGACUCUGGGCCGUCCAGAGGAUAUUGCAAACAGCAUUAUCAUUUACGUGCUGCUGCAAAAGCUGGAUGUGGAAACUCAGGCGGCGUGGGAGGAUAGCAGGGCAUUGGACAAUCCUGCCGCCGAUAAAGUGCCGACUGCUACUGAGUUCUUCACGUUUCUGGACGAAAGAUGUCGGAAGCUCGAGACUCUGCAAUACGCUAUGGGUAGUCACACAGCAGGCCACAGUUGGGAAGAAACUUUAGCCAUAACGGCAGCAGGAAGGCGUUUGUGGCCCAACCUAGCCCCAGCAGGGCAAAUGGUUGUCUGUUUUGUGACGCGCCUGGUCACGGCAUAUAUUCCUGCCCCAUCUUUGCAAAUUUGUCUCCCUUCUUGAGGCAGAAAGAAGUGAAGAAGCUCGCUCUCUGCUUUAACUGUCUAAAGAAAGGACACCAAACUCGAUCCUGCACAUCUGGCGCUUGCCGUAACUGUGGUGGACGGCAUCAUUCGUUGUUGCAUUU